UAGCAAGGCGAGGUGCAAAUAUCCUCCCAGCCAGAUCGUCUCUUGCACAACUCUCUGACUCUGUGCAGCCCAGCAGACCUUUUGUUUCUGCCUCCACUGCUCCUCUCCAAGCAUUCCUCCAGAGCAGAGCUUCUGAAGAUCCGCUUCCUCCCGUGCAUCUCCCUGAAAAUAGCUCUCCCCCCGCCAAGAAGAGGCAGUUGCUGGCAGCAUGGUGGGGAUGACGGCAAUGAGGAUGUGGAUUGAGCCGGUGGUCGCUGGUUCCCAAGUGGCCAGCGCCUUCUACGACACGGCACUGCUGCUGGUGGUGAAGAACUACUACAACCAGACCAAUGCCACCGCUCCCUCCCACGCACUGGAAGAUGCUCAGCAGAAGGCUGUCUCUAAUUUUUACAUCAUCUACAACCUAGUCCUGGGCCUGAGCCCACUGGUGUCAGCCUAUGGCUUGUCCAAGCUGGGGGACAGGAUGCAUCGGAAGAUCCCCAUCUGCUUCCCUCUUCUUGGCUACUUGGGCUCCAAAACUCUCCUGCUCCUCCUGAUCCUUUUGGGCUGGCCAAUUGAGGUGAUGUAUGGGGCUGCUGCCUUCAACGGGCUGACAGGUGGUUUCACCACGCUCUGGGCAGGCAUCAUGGCUCUGGGAUCCCUGGGCUCCUCUGAAAGCAGGAGGUCUCUGCGGCUUAUCGUUAUCGAGCUGGUGUAUGGCCUCGCUGGCUUUCUGGGAAGCAUGGCAUCUGGCUACCUCUUUGUUGGAUUCAGUGACCGCUAUCGAGAGGGCACUGUGCUGGUGAGCUGCAGCAUCGCUUGCUAUGCUUUCUGCCUCCUCUACAGCAUUUUUGUCCUGACAGUCCCCAAGCCAGCAGCUUCCUGCCCAGCCAAAGCCAAGAGCACAGAGGAGGUGGGCAGCCAGCUACCAGCCCACAAAGAAGCAGCAGCAGGAGGGAAUUCCCAACCUUCAGAGAGCAGCAGCUCCACUCCAGUAUCCCCCUCAAAGCUCAUCAUCAUCAUGCUGUUUGUGGCAGCAAUCCUCUAUGACCUUGCUGUGGUUGGUGCAAUGAACGUACUGCCGCUCUUCUUGCUCAGGGAGCCUUUAAGUUGGAACGCCGUGGAAAUCGGCCAUGGCAAUGCUGCUGGGUACGUAAUCUUCAUCACCAGCUUCCUAGGGGUAUUUGUGUUCUCCAGAUACUUGAGGGACAUUACCAUGAUCAUGAUUGGAGUGGCAUCCUUCAGUGCUGGCAUCCUCAUCAUGGCUUUCGUGCGGUGGACGUUCCUGUUCUACAUCGCACGGGCAGUGAUGCUCUUUGCCCUCAUCCCCUUGCCAACCAUCAGGUCCAUGUUAUCCAAGCAUGUCGAAGGAUCAUCCUAUGGUAAGGUGUUUGUCCUGCUGCAGUUGUCUUUAGUCACCACAGGAGUAGUGACAUCUACAGCCUACAACAAGAUCUAUCAAAACACACUGAACUGGUACAGCAGCUUCUGUUUCAUUUUGUCUUUUCUAGUUGGCUGCCUGAGUUUCCUCCCUUUAAGCAUCGUGGCCAUCAAACAGCGUUCAACCACUGGCUCCCUUCAGAUCCUGACUGAGUGACAGAGGCUGUACCAGCUAAAGCAUCCUUUGGUCUUUAUCAAUUCUCUGAGCUACCAAAGCGGAAGGUUUGCCAAGCAUUACUCCCCACAGUUAUCCACAUUACAGGAAGCAUCUCAUUUGUGUUUCUAUUUCACAGCAUGCCAUGGCCUCUCAGCCACUGUGCUCACCCAGGAUGAAGAAGUUUGCCUUGUUAUUUCUGCAGUACAUCAUCGUACAGAGUACAUGCAUUGGCUAUUGCACACCAGCAGUCUUCACAGCAUCCCGCUUUCCUGCUAGGCUGAUUAGCAAUAGCGCAGAGGGACAAGAACACUGCAGAAAUGAAAACGGGACCCCUAGGCACAUCAUUCAAUGUGGAAGGAGAAAGCAGAGGAUCAGUUUUCCAUUACUUCCUUCUUCUCUGUUCAUUCAGAAACAGGCUGUGUGCAUGCAGUCGUCAGCAGGACACACCUGCUCUCCAAGUGGUACAGAAGAUGUGUCAGCCCAGAUGAUCAAUGUUAUGAAGAAGACCACUAAAUACAGGUGUACCACCGUAAAAAAAACCAAAAAAUCAACAACGUAAGAUUAAGACACUUUUAAUAAUCCCUACAAUAAACCACUCCUGAACAGAUGUUCAUGCCCCUGACUUCUGGGAUAUUGUCUCAAUGUCCCCAGGCAGUGUUUUAACAGAGGUCAUGGGAGGACACCUAUGACUCAAAAGCCGAUACCAGCAUUUCACGCCACCAGGAUGUACUACUCCUGUAACAGGUUAAGAACAGGAAAGUGCAGCACACUGCUCCUACAGGAUUUAUGGAGGUGUAGGGACACUGAUGCCAGGUAAUAGUCACCUUGUUACCCCAGCUUUGCGUGGGGU